AUGCCGUAUGAUGUGGUGGAUGAGCUGACUGAGACGGACCUCUCAAGUCUUAUCAGUUAUUCCAUGACUUUCCAGCCCUUGGAGUUACUUCUUAAAAACAUCAUUAAACGUGCCAAACAGUCAGAGGUGGAUAAUGAGCGACAAGAUGAUGAGAUUGCAGAUUUGAAAAGACAACUGGAGGACUUGCAAAAGCGGGAUGCGGAGAGAGAAGCAGAAUUGAAGAAACUACAACAACAGCAACAACAACAACAACAACAACAACAACAACGAUCCACUUCAGGAUUGAAAGAUGAGGAAGAAAAGGAUACAUCAGAGAAAAGUCAAGGUGCUGAUCAACCUGUUGAUCUUCAAGCUUUAUGGGAUGAAGUGGAACGGCUUAAGAAACUCAUGGGUGAAUUUCAACAAUAUGCACGACGCCGGACAAUUGAUGAGUUGUAUGAGGCACGAAAACGAAAAGAUAGUCUUGUUGCUAGUUCUGGAGAAAUGCGACGACAACGACGCGUAACGGGGACUUCCACCACAGGAGAAUCCGUGGAUGAGGGAGAUGAGAAGGUGGGAGAUACGAUUCUCAAUCGCGCCCGUGAGGAACUUCACCUUGGAGAUACCUACACCCCCGAACAAGAAGGACAACAACAACAACAACCGGGAUUAUUCGCAGAGGAAGAGGCGCAGGGAAUCUCUGCAGUGACGGGAGAAGAAAUGCAGCCACCGGGUCGAAGGGAAGAAAAACGACGACUGACACCACCACAACAACAAUCGCAGUCAUCACAAGCAUCAACACAACCAUUGCAGUAUGCAGAAACACAACAACCAAGACAACCCGCACGAGCAACGGAACAGUUACGAGUGAGUGUAGAGGAACCGGAAACACAACGUGCACCAACAGGAGUUCAAGAAACUCAUACAGCAGAACAACAACAACAACAACAACAACAACAAGAAGGCAGAACUGGUUCUGGACCUCGUGCAGCAUCUCGCAGUGGUGAAUAUCCCUCAGCACCAUUUUUAUCUCCAUCACCCACGUUUGGAAGGGGUUCUGGUCGAGCCUCCUCCAGCACACCUAUGUUUCGCAUCAGUAGUGGUGGAUCCAUGAUGCACUCCAGAGAUCCGGGAGCACAUUUGGGUCCUACCGCAUCCAUCUGUGAUCGACUUCAGCAGGAUGGGGCGGAUAUUGCAUAUCUCAAUCGUGUUGUGGCGGAGAUGUUGAAUGAGAUGCGAGGUUUACACGAAGAUGUAGACCAUAUGCGCACCAUUACAGCUGAAGGAGGUGCUGCGGAUAAGAAACCCUCAUCACAAGAAGAAUCGAAAUCUGGAAUUGAUACGGACGAUUUACUCCGACGAGUGGGAAAACUGGAGGAUGAUGUGGAACGUCUGCAGCGCCGUACUGCCUCACCAGGAAGUCCAACAUUUAAACCGGAUACGAGGAGUGCAGAAGAGGAUGCGGAGCGUAGAAAGGCUAUGGAAGAUGAUAUUCAAAAACUAAAGGAUCAACUGGAGGCCUUAAAUCAGGCACAAGAACGCAUGAACGCCAAACUUGGAAGUGUUCUCAGUCCAUCUGCUACAACAAGUGGUGAUACUGGUAUUAAUCCAGCACAAUUUGCACUUUUACGUGCCACUGUGGAGGCGCUUGAACGUCAAUUGGCUGAUCUUCAACAAGCUGGUUUACGUAAUUACGAUAAGGAUUUGGAUGCUCUUCGACAGGCAUUAGAAAAACUACAGCGAGACACUAAUGCACUACAAAAGAUGUGUGAUAUGUUGGAUGAGAAGAAGGCAGACAAGAGUAGUCUACAUCAACCAUCAGUAUCUACUUCAGAGAUGAAGGAAAAGGAGGAAGGAUCACUACAAGCAACUACUACCGAGACACCAAACUAUGGAGAAACCAUAAACGAUUUACAACAAAUAUUGGAUGCUUUACAACAACGUAUGUGUAAGGCAGAAGCGAAUAUUAACGAUCUGGAUGAUACCAAAGCAGAUCGUACAGCUUUGGAACGUCUUGUAGAUGACUUACGACACCUUCGUCACUUAUUAGAACUUGGUGCUGGUAAGAGUGGGGAUGGAGAAACAGCUGGUUUGGCAGCCGCCGCACAGGAGGAAACACUUCAAAAAUUACAACAACAAAUUGCUGAUCAUGCAAACGAUUUCAGCAGUAUGCGGGAUGGUACCACAAAUGAAUUAAGUGCAUUGCGUGAUUAUAUCGAACAAAUUGAUCAUCGCAAAGCAGACGCUACACUUGUGGCAAAUAAAGCGGAACGUGAUUAUGUGGAGAAUGCACUGGAACGACUUAUGCGUGAGGUGGAACAAGUACUAAACGCCACCAAUGCUGGUCUUAUUGAUACACUGGAUAAAUCCCUCAACGUGCUGCGGGAUAUGUUGGAUGGAAAAGCCACAAAGAACGAUAUGGCACAACUACAACGACUUGUAACGGAAGAACACACGGGAAGUGGGGCACCUGAUGCACUCAUGGGAUUUAAAGGAUUUCGUUGUCUCGGCUGCAAUAGAGCCGUAGAAUCACUUCGGCCACGUGUGAUGGCAAAUCGACUGCAGCCAUUUGUAAAUCGUCUACCGCAGAAUCUCCACCCCGAUGGGAGCAGCAGUAACAACAGCAAUACAGCACGCAUUCAACAAGGACCAUCGGGCGGCGCCCCAAAGAGUAUCGCCUCACCUCCACUAGGUGAUAGUUAA